GAUACUGCUGCACCAACCAUAAAACACAAUCGCUGCUAUUACACACAUAUACACACAGAUCUCUCUCAGAGCUGCGAAUUCAAUCAAUUAGUGGUAGCCAUGGUUGUAGCCCUAGGUCCCGGAAAGUUCUACGGUAGUGGCCUUCCCCGCCCUCGCUACUACACCGACGUCAAGUUCAGCGAGGAGCGAGUUGACCCGCCGGCGCCGGUUCUCGACUCGCUGAUGUCGUGGGCGGAGGAAGCGCACUGGUCGAUGGGGGGAUUGAAUGGGAAGCGGCUCCGUUUCCAGGGGCGUAUUGAAGGGAGUGUGAGUAAGAUCAAAGCGGAGCACGAGAGAUCGGAGAGGAAGAAGGCGAAGGAGGACGUGGUUGCGAAUUUUUCGCCGGAAAGUUCGCCGGAGGCGCCGCCGGCUCCGUUUGUGGUGAAGAGGAAACGGAGGUUUUUGGUGGAUGAGGAGAGUGAUGAAGAGAACGUGAAGCCCGGUGCGGUGAGGAAGCUGGUGGAUGAUUUCGAGAAAGUCGCGGAGGAGUGUGGGAUGAAAAAGGAGAAAGCUGGAGCUGAUCGUGUGGCGACGAGGUCUCGAAAAGCUGGAUCGGAGGGAUCGGUGGCUGAGAAGUUGAAAUUGAAGGGGAAGAAGUUAAAGAAAAAGGGGGAGAGCAAGGGGAAUGGGGAGACUGGGGUCAGGGUUUCGCCGAGAUUGGCGAAACGUGGUUAGAAGCUUAGGUGUUUGAUGAAUUGCCCGAAUAAGAUUUUUAGAGUCGUGAUGAAUUACAGGGUUUAUGUUAGGGUUUUAUUAGUGUUUGAUGAUUGCCUGAAUGAGAUUCCUAGAGAUGUGAUGAAUUUUUGGGUUUAUAUUAGGGUUUUUUCAACUUGUUUAAAGGUGUUUGAUGUAUUGCCUGGAUGAAUUUGUUAGAUAUAUAAUGAACUACAGGAUUUGUGUUUUGCUUUA